UUCAGAACGCACGUGUUUGUUUUUGUUUACACUUUAUUUCACCUGAAUGUCUAAAUUAUUAUCGGAUAUCGGGAAUUACAGGACAUCAAAAGAAUGAAUAAAUCGCGUAAUUUCAAAAAGAAAAGCCAUCGAAAUACUGCAAACACGGGUAAACACAAAAAGUUAGCAGAAAAACUUUCUGAGCUUGCGGUAAGUUCAACGGAUAGUUCCGGUGAAGAACCGGUUGCAAACUCUAGUGAGGAUUCCGCUGAUGAGGAUAGCCCGGAAAACAAAUUCGAUGUGGGGAAACCGCCUCAGUUCCCGGUCAGUAUGUGGGAUUUGAAUCACUGUGAUCCUAAGAAAUGUUCCGGUAGGAAACUAGCAAGACACGGAUUAAUCAGCAAUCUGCGGUUGGGUCAAAAAUUCCCUGGAUUAGUCCUAACACCGGUUGGUGUCAAUUGCGUGAGCCCGUUAGAUAGAAGCAUAAUAGAAAACUCCGGAAUCGCCGUCGUUGAUUGCUCGUGGGCACGCCUCGAAGAAACGCCUUUUAACAAAAUGAAGUCGCCUAAUCCUCGUUUAUUGCCUUUCCUGGUGGCUGCAAAUCCAAUUAACUACGGGAAACCCUGCAAGCUAUCCUGCGUGGAAGCAAUAGCCGCUUCCAUGUAUAUCACCGGCUACAAGGAGGAAGCUAUGUGGUAUUUAGGCAAGUUUUCUUGGGGACAUUCUUUCCUGGAACUGAAUGCCGAGCUGCUGAACCUAUAUGCUGCUUGCCAGAAUAGCAAGGAGAUUCUUGAGGUGCAGAACAAAUAUCUAGAGAAGACCAGAGCUGAACAUAGCAACAGAAGUCGUGAGUUGGAUUUACCUCCGAGUGAGAGCGAAGAAAGCGAAUAAAUUUAAGUUUAAAUACCUAAUUUUAAUUUGAAAAUUGACCAGAUUUCGUCGCGAAGUUUUUGAACCCUUGAUGAACGUGAAUUGCAUAUAAUUUGACCAAAGUCCCUGAGAUUAUGCUUAUAUAGAAGGGGACAAAGAUGAUUUUUUGAUAUGAUCACAUAACUACAAUCGUGUAGAGCGAGUAAAGG